CGUGAAUGAAUGACCAUUUCUAGUUUGAGUGCUUCUGGCAACAUCGCGUGUUUAGAAGUUCUUGGUUAAGGGACUGUUAUUGUUUGUGUAGUCAGAAAACAACACCGCCAAAAUGCCGGCUCAUCGGAACGGUAUGAUUCCCAAUGCGCAUUUGCGCAAAGACUGGCAAAAAAUGAUCAAGACCUGGUUCAAGCAGCCUUUCCGUGCCCAGCGUCGUCAUGCCAACCGUGUGGCCAAGGCUCACCGUAUUGCUCCUAGGCCUCUUGGUCGCCUCAGGCCUGUUGUCAGAUGCCCUACCAAAAAACACAACAGGAUCACUAGACUGGGACGUGGUUUCACUCUCCAUGAACUAAGAAUGGCCAAGAUCUCUCGCACUGAGGCCAAGUCUAUCGGCAUCGCUGUUGACCACAGACGUCGCAGCAAAUCCCAUGAGGCCAUGCAGGCUAACAUUCGCCGCCUCCGUGUUUACAAGAGCAAGCUCAUCCUGUUCCCCAAGAACCCCAAGAAGGUGAAGAAGGGAGAAGCCAGUGCUGAAGAGUGCAAGAUGGCCACUCAGCUCGCUGGCAAGCGUAUUAUGCCUCUGCAGAAACUGAAGUUUACCUUGGAUCCUCCUCAAGUUAUCGAUCCCAAGAUACGCAAGGCUGAUAUUUACUCCAUCCUUGUGGAUGCCCGUUCAACCGCCAAUAAGUGGGGCAUGCGUGCCAAGAAGGCUCGUGAGGCUGCUGAGGAAGCCAAUGUCAUUGGCAAGAAGUAAUAAACUUCUGAUCGUGA